AUGGCCUUGAAGAAUCUCGCCUGGUUAAUUGCUGUCACUCACUGCGUCUCGGGGAGCCUACAAUUCCUCUCCAGACCAGACUUGUCGCCACCGAGGUUGAACAUCACAGUACCGGCUUCACCUCAAACCGAGGCAGGCUAUCUCUUCUUUACAGCAGCUCGGGGAAAUACUCCCGAUAGCGCUGGCCCUGACCAGCCAGGCGCUUAUAUCUUUCGCGACAAUGGAGAACUGGUUUGGUCAGGGGUGGGAUACUGGGCCGGAUGGGUGGCCGAUUUCAGUCCCAGUAUUGUCAAUGGGAAGCCAACUCUUCGUGCUUUUCAGGGUGAUGUGUUUCCUGCUACUGGCCGGAUGCUUGGAAAUCAUGCGCUCUUGGCAAAUUCAUACCGAACUAUCAGUGUGAUACACGCAGCGACACAUCGUCUCAGCUCGGCGCAUGAAUUCGAGGUGGUCAACGAAAGUUCCGUUUUGAUCGAGACGCCGAUUAUGACAGUUGCUGACUUGAGCUCAUACGGUGGAAAUAAAGACCAGAAGUUCCUGCUGGAGGGCGGAUUUCAAGAAAUGGAUUUAAAGACUGGCGAGCCGAUUUUCGAGUGGUCAUCUAGGGGAAGAAUCAACCCGAUUUACAGCGCCAUCCCAUUGGAUAGAAAGGGCACAUACGACGGCCGCACUUACAAUUCCGCGUGGAAUUAUUUCCACAUCAACAGCAUUGACAAAGACUCUGAAGGAGACUAUCUAGUUUCAGCAAGGCACUACAACGCCAUAUUCAAAAUAAACGGCAGCAACGGCGGUAUAAUCUGGCAACUCGGUGGAAUGAAAGGGUCCACUUUCAAAAUUCCAUCAAACCUGGAGUUUGCCUUCCAACACGACGCUCGCUUUCAAUAUAGAUCACCAAACGGGGAAAUUGAACAUAUAUCCUUCUUCGACAAUGCGGCUUACUCUGUUCCAGGACGAGAAAUAGCUCCGUGUUCAAGAGGCCGACAUAUUGAACUCAACAAUACCGCGAAAUCAUUGAAAGAAAUACAAACCUACCAUGCACCCGACAACUUGAUUGCGCAUACUCAGGGAAGCUUCAGAUUUUUACCAAAUGGCAAUAAGCUGGCUAACUGGGGGAGCGCGGGUGCUCUCACUGAGUUUGCGGAUGACGGGACUAUCCUCUUCCAUGCGUAUCUCGACUCGUACCCGAACAAGAAUGUCCAAAGCUAUCGCGGUUUUAAGGCAAAUUGGACCGCCUUUCCGAGUGAGGAGCCUGCAGUACUAGCAUUGAGAUCCGGAGAAAAAGAUGCGGUUGUGUGGGUCUCGUGGAAUGGAGACACAGAGACAAAGACCUGGAAGUUCUAUCUCAUCGAUAAACAGUCUGGAGAAAAUCAUUUCCUGAGCUCAGUUCAACGAUCUGGCUUCGAGACUCGCCUUGAAGCAACUAUUUUUCCCACCGCAUUCACGAACCAUGGAGAGCUGCUAGUCGUGGCGGAAGCGCUAGAUCACAAUGGCAAUUCGCUUCGGAAAAGCAGACCUGUUGAAUUUACAGCAGACGAGGCUUAUCAGGACAUCCUUGAAAUACGAAGAGCACGAGGGCGUUCAAAAUCUGCCAUGAGUUCUAAACGCCUAGAGCUAUGA